AUGACUGACCAAACUCGCUCACUCUACGAGUCUGUCGCCGGCUCAUUCUCAGUCUGGGAUGCAGCCCAUAUAUUUGAAUACGCCACCUCCAGAUUCACCGCUAUUCAUCUCGCGCAGCUGGCGGAGCCAAACCCAACAGGUUCCUAUCAGUACUCGUUUGUUCAACACCUCAUCUGGGAGGCAGAGCGUUUCGUGAUACCUUUCGUCAGCAAGUGCGCGGCGAUGAACAUCAAUAGCAGCAUGCCGGUCUAUCUCAGCAAUGUCCUGCUCCACAUAACAGAUUUUCAAACGGAAGACCGAAACCAUCGAACACUCUUUGCGAGAUUCCGGGACUGUCCGCACAACAAGGAUGGUGAUGCGGUGGCUCAAUAUCGGGUUGUUCCGCGCUACCGCUACUGCUGGUGGGGAACCACAUUUCAUUUCACGCCUAUGCAGAUGCCUCUCCGGCUCUCAGUAGCUGAGGUGAACGAGCUCACAGCCGAUCACUUCAAACAGCGGCCAGCCUUAGGUUUGCUCCUACCGGAACCGAUUACUCAUCCGCGACUGGAUGAUCCGCUCAUUCAACAACUUCAUGUUCUACGGACUGAAGUCGCCCGGCUAGGUCUAGACCUCGGACAAAUGCUGGUUGCGAAACUCGAAGCCACGGGAGCGGCGGUCGAUGCAAUGAACCGUCUUGAACAGCCUCUCGACGAGGUUUAUGACGCCAUGGCUGCCUCUCAAGCGGCAGUGGACGUGUUGGCGGAAGAUUAUAACAAUGGCCGGAUCGGAACAUCUACCCGCGGAGAUCCAUUUCCUGAAUUGCAUCCCUUUGUGCGCAAAUGA